CCAGAAGUACCGCUGCCGCCAGGUUUGGACCAUCGUUACUUCUUAGCUUCUGAUGGAUUCCAGCACAGCCCGAUCCUCGACCUCGAGGAGUCACGUAAUGCACAGUACAUCCCUCACGUACUAGAAAUCAGCACGGACCAGCCCACCCUCUCUCCCUGCUUCACUGCAUUCCCUCUUCUCCACCAAACUUGGUUAGUCGGCCAUCCAGUUCUUAACCUUCUCGCUCUCUUCCCACUGCUGCCGCUCCUCCAACUUUACCCCCUCCUCUGCGCACCUACAGGUCCCACGGAGGAAAAGAGCACACGACAACGCCUUUCCUUUCCCCUUCUCUGUGGCUUCUUCAUAUUCUGACCUUGAGAUACCCCUUGCCUUUUCCCCUCUGUCUUCUCUUCUCUCCUUCGAAUGCUCCCCGUAUCUUGAUUGGGUCUUCCUCAGUCCCUCCUUCGUCCCUUAUCGUCCACCAUGAAUAAGCUGGCAAACAUGCGUCACUGGUCCGAGAGGAUGAGCCCCAACUUCGGCAUGUCGCGACCGAAUAUGGGCAUGCCAGGCAUAAACCCUCACCAGAAGAUUACCCCCCAGGGCGCCCCUCCGAUAACCCCCACCCAACCCGUCGAUACCUCCAUCCACUACUCGUUCAACGUGCCCUUCGCGUCCGAACUUGCCGGCCCGGACACCGAGGACAUCCUCUACGCCACUGCCGACGCCGUCAUGCGAUGGACGCACCCGGAAGACGCACCCGACGACGUACCCGUCUUCGAACUGCCUGUACAUGCCCAUAACCUUGCCCAUCUGAGGAAGAUAUGCAAGGAGAUAUCCCAGACACAGCUCGUCAUCGACGCCCAUGUUCUCUCAACCGUACCCAAGCAUGCCCGAGGACAGGUGACCACGGUGUGCCUCUCCGGCACGCCCGACAUGGUCCACAACACCAGGGAGACCAUCUUGAACGAGACGCCUCUCUCUCUCCGUUGCACUACAGUCGAUGUCGAGGGGGACCUCGUCUGCGACCUCGCUGCGGGCGUGCUGAAGAAGCCGGUGACCGAUGUUCUCGACGACAUAUCUGUGUAUUGCGGGGUGGACAUCUUCCUGCUCGGCCCCAAGCUGACCCCUGUCGUGGAUGGUCUGAAUGGCGAUGUGGAACUGCGAAGGGACCAACGUUGGCGAGUGGCCAUCUAUGGCGACCUCUUGUCCUCGGAGCACGCGAAGACUCGCGUGUUGAUCCAUAUUGACAGAUUGCUUGGGAGGAUUGUCGAUGGCCUGAAGUUGGAGCUGUCCCUCCAUCAGCUGGUGUGCGGCCGUAAUAGGAAGAACAUCAAGCUCAUCGAGUCGACCACCAAUACUGCCAUCUACUUCCCGCCACCUUUCUCUCAGAUGUACCGCUACUGCCCUCCGAAUGCCAAGCGGCGAGACCCCCAGGAGAUAUUCAUCACCGGAGAGAACCCUCAGAGUAUCGAGAUGGCCAAGAUCAAGUUGCGCGAGGUCUUCAACCAGCUGCGUAUCUAUGUAAAAGAUGUGGCGCUUCCGUCGGCCAAGAUCGAUAACAUCCUGCUCAGCCGGAUGGACAAGGUCCGGAAGAUACUCGAAGCUAACGGCACCUUUAUUUUGUUCCCGCCUCUGGCUUCGAGGCAGACCGCCGUUAGGGUCCAGGCCACCGAGAACCUCCACGCUGAACGGACGGUUCGGGAAUUGAUGGCUUUGGUUGGUCAGUUCUACACGUCGUCUUGGUGGAUCUCGCAGCCCGAGACUCGACAGUUCCCAAGCCCGAACGACAUCCGCACGAUGCUCGGCGAUAUUUGUGCCAACUCUGAUGCCGAUGUUUGCUUCGAUAAGCUAACCUUUGCCAUUACCGGCUCCGACGAGGCCGUCAAGUCCGCUCUGAUGGUCAUUUCCCACAUCAAGUUUGUCGCGCAGUCCCAGUACCAGAUUCGUGUCAAAAUCGAGCUGGCCAACGAGCACAAGGAAUUUGUGAGUGGCAAGAAGAACGGCAAGAUCAACAAGAUCAUGGGGCAGAGCAAUGUUCAGAUCAUGUUCGACAAUUUUGGCGAGUAUAACUUCAACAUCGACGUCGUGGCCCAGAACUACGAAUCCAUGAAGCAGGGCUUGGGGCUGGUUGAACAGGAAAUGCCCGCGUCCAUCUCCUUCCACGUGCCUGAUCAGUACCACAAGCGUAUCAUUGGCAUUGGCGGCCAGCACAUCCAGCGCAUCAUGAAGAAGCAUUCCGUCUUCGUCAAAUUCUCCAAUGCCAUGGAUCGUGGUGGUAUGGGCCGCGAGGAUGAUGACAACCGUGUCGACAACGUCAUCUGCCGCACGCCAGCUCGCAACGCCCAGAAUCUCGAGCUCGUCAAGACCGAGAUUCUGGAAAUGGUGGACCGAGUUGAUUCCGAGGUCACGGCCCAGGUUGUCAAUGUUGACCGAUUGUACCAUCGCCAACUCCUUACUCGUCUUGCCGAGAUUGAGGCGCUCGAGAAGAAGUGGAACUGCAAGAUCGUCUUCCCAAGCACCGAGCAGGCCAGCGACGAAGUCACUAUUACUGGCCCACAGUGGCAGGUGCCCAUGUGCGUCGAUGAGUUCCUGGGAAUGGUUCCUGACAACCACGAGCUUGUUCUCGCUCGGUCUCCGCCUCUCAUCAAAUUCCUCGAGUCUCCCGAGUUUGUUCACAGCAUUGUUCCAAAGCUGAAGAAGCAGCAUGAGGUUGAUGUCACGGUCCAUGAGAUUGCAGAGGAACGAACCGAAGAGGGGGGUCCAACCGUCACCCUCCUGUGGACCUUCACGCGCAACCACGCCGGUGAGCUGCGCGAUGCGAUCGAUUUCCUUCAGGCCCAGAUCACCACUGGCGGCGUUGAGCCGGUCGUUGUUCGAGGCUCCCUCCCUCGUCCAAAGUCGGAUACGUUUGAGGACUCGCUGCCGUUCUUCGAUUCUAAGCUCCUACAGCACGCUCCGGCAUCGAUCGCUACCGACUCGCCCACCAAGCCGUCAUUCGACGAUGUCGCUCGUGAGAGGAGCACCAUCUUUGACAGGCUGCGCAAGCCAGGCAGCAUGUCGACCAUCUCGUCCUUCCUGGACCGAAGGAAGAAUAGCUCUCAUUCUGCCAACAACUCCCUUUUCAAGGGCUCGAGCAACGUGUCCAAGUCGUCUCUUAUUUCCAUAGAAUCCACUCGCAGCUUCAAUGCCGAUCGAAACCCUUGGAACGACAGCGGCGUCAACCUCCCCGAGGAGGAUAACCCCUGGCCGGCCCGCGCCUUUGUCAGCAAUGGCAACGGCGCCGACCACAAGCUGGCCAUCCCGCAACCCGGCGAUGUCACCCCUCGCCACAAUACCCGACAGUCCGCCGACAGCGGGCGUCCUUCAACGUCUCAUUCUACGAAUUCAGGAUACCCCGGUCCCCAUUUGGGACCUUUCCGUUAGAUUUCCAUUCUCCCCUCCCCCCGCUUCAAAGAGUAUUAGAACGACGGAGGCGUCCUUCUCCAUUCUACGUAAGCGAAAAAAAGAAAUACCCUACGGCUGGAUAUACCCUGGCGUACAAUACCCCGGUUGUGUGCUGGUGUUGCUGCUUUGAUGAUGCAUUUGCUCAGCUAUUUGUACUCGCGUUUCCUUGAU